CGACAUGAUCAAGAGGCGGUUCUUCCGGCAGGACCACGGCGACAACAGCGCCACCUCGUCCUCCUCCUCCUCGGGCUCCGACUCCGACCCGGACCUCGCGGAAGAAGAGGAGGUCGCCGAUGAGGAGGUGGAGGAACAGCAGCAAGAUGUAGAAGUAUCGGCCGAGGAGGAGGAGGAGUCAGGGGAAGAAGAAGAGGAGGAGGAAGAGGAGCUGGAACGGAAACAGAUCGAAGAGGAAGAGGCUUCGGGAUACCAAAGCGAGGACAGCUCUGGGCACGAUGUUGACGGACCUUCUGUAGAUGAUGAUGAUGAUGAUGACGAGAACAGCAGCCCGAUGUAUGAACAAGACCAUGCGAUAAACUUGCCUGUUAAGAAAGCUUUUUCACGUGUUAAUGCUGAUUCUUCCAAAGUUGCUGCCAAUAAGGAUGACCCUCUUGAGGCCGAUUUCAAUAACUAUGUUCUGAAGUGCAAAUCUGUGUAUAAGUGCAAGCUUUGUCCUAGAAUCAUGUGCCUAAGUGAGGACAUGGUCAGGGUGCAUCUUGAAUCAAAGAGACAUGCUCGAUCGAAGAAACUACUGGGAAAUGGGAGGCUUAAGAUGAUGCUCAACAGUGAUGGUGAGCUAGAGGAAGAGGCAGAAACACAUGCUGAACGACAUGCUCGUACUAUAGCUCUUGCUCAGCAAGUACAAAAGCCAAAGAAGGAUUCAGGCAGGCAGCGACAACUCCGGAGGAGGCAGAAGAAGAGGUCUCGGAAUCAGCUUGAGAAGAAGCAACAGCCUGAGAGCUCUGGUAAGGAAGGUGCUGCGAAGCCAGAAAAGUCUGAUAAGAAAGAUGUGAAACCGGAAAAAUCUGACAAGAAAGGCACAAGACGGGAAAAGGAUAAGUCUGAUAAGAAGAGGCGCAAGACUGAAAAAUGAAGUUUGUUUUCCUGAACCGUUGUAUGUUUUGUACUCUCAAGUUAUAGUAGUGACACCAUAAAUGUUUUCUAAGUUUUAACUUGUGGUUUUAGCAUUUCAUUUCGAUAUUGGGGGUGGCCGUUUGUUGAAUCUGUGAGAUAGAAUUAAAAGGAAAAGAAGUUGUCUCAUUUUUUUUUCUUGGUUCUUAUUUAUCUUGAAAGUGCUGACCUACAAAGGACCUUGUAUUGAAAUUUAAAGAAGACUUUUAAGGUCCUGGUAAAGGAUGAAAAGUUGUUGGCA